AUGUCUGAAGUGCAAUCACGGCCCUCAGCUCCUCGCGGCCGGAGCUCUGCCCGCGGCGCCCGCGGUGGCUACAGCUCCCGCGGCCCCAGGUCCCAGAAGCAGACCAACGGCGACCACCAAGGCGCAGGCCCAUUCGACGCGUCCGCCGAGGAGGGCGAGCUCGCUCAGCUGAGGCAACAGUAUGCCACCCAAUUGGCGACCAUCAGGGAGACUUUCCCCGACUGGACCGACCUCGACCUGCUGCUGGCUCUGCACGACAGCGACGGCGACCUUAACGUGGCCAGCGAGAGGAUCCUAGAAGGACAAGUUUCUCAGUUCGCCGAAGUCAAGAAGAACGACCGCUCGCGCUCCAAGGUGAAGGACACCUCUGCAGUCGGCUCCGACGCAACUGCGACAUCGAUCUCCACACGCGGCAGAGGCCGUUUUGAGGGCACCCGCGGCGGCCGUGGCCGCGGAACUGAGCGUGGCAGAGGCGGCUUUCGGGGUGGUCGCGGCGGAGCGCAUGCGGCGAACGGCUCGCGCUCUGGUGCUGGCGUUUCUGUCCCCACGACCGAGUCCUCUGCUUGGGACACCACUGCCGCAACCGCGGAUGCAAACAAUGCAUGGGACACCGGCGCGCCUCCCAAUUCAGGAGACGCGGGUGCAGAUGGUGCGGAGGCCAAGCCUGCCGCCACGCCCGAGGCCGUGAAGAAGCCUGCUGCCCCACAAGAGCCCCCGAAGAAGACAUGGGCCUCGAUGUUUGCGAAGCCGAAGCCCGCACCUGCACCUCCCAAGCCUGCUGCCGUCGCCCCGCCGCCCGAACCCGCCGCUCCUGAACCCGCCGCCGAACCUGAGCCUACGAAGGAAAUUGAGAAGGCCGUCGAGGCGGAAGAACUCCCGAUACCUCCUGUCGCCGAUGAAGCGCCUGCCGCAGAGACGUCCGCCGCUCCCGCAGAGCCUCCCGUUGUCACUCCUGAAGUUCCUGAACUUCCUUCCGCCCAGAUUACCCCGUCGAAGGACGAGCUCACGAAAGAGAAUGUCGAGAACCUGCCUGAUCUUGCCGAACCUGCCCCUACCGGCACUGCUGCGAGCACCGUUGCUAGCGGCAGCGUUGUUGGCGUCGCGACGCCUUUGACUGGUGCUCAGCGCACACAGGCGGCGCGUCCCGGUCCCGCUAUUGGAGGAUUUGCUACUGUGGCGCAGAAGGCCACUGCUCCUCAGGGCCGCAGCUCCAGCUAUCAGAGGAAGGUUCUGGACCAGCAAGAGGCGGUUGUCAUGCCUGGUAACCAUGCUGUGGACCGCGCUGCUGUGCAGUUUGGAAGCCUUGGCUUGAACGGCGAUGCUGCACUUGACGUAGACGAGGACCGUGAGGAGGCCGAGACGCGUACGCAGCCCCCUCAGCACUCUCCCACCCAGCAGCCCAGGACCUCCCUUCCUCCUGCUCCUCGUCAGCCUACUGUUCCCAGCGAGUCGCAGGUUCAGGAAUCCGUUCCAACCCCGAAGCCGGCUCCGGGUCUGCCUCCUGUGAACCAACAGCCUCAGCAACAAUCGCCUGCCAUUGGAGGCCAGGCUGCUCAGCCCUACAGCCAGUUCGGCCGCUAUGGCCAGACUAACAUCCAACCUGAGCCGGCCGGUCAAGCUCAGAAGCAGUACGAUCCGUUUGGCGCGCCCGUUUCGCAGCCAAACCAGUUCGACAGCUUCCCGAGCCACACUCAACCCCAAAACGUUCAACAGCCUCAGGUUCCCUCUACUCUCGGAGGAUUCUCCUCUGCCCCCAACGACUACAGCUCUUACUACACUUCUGAUCAACAGAGAAACGCGUACCAGAAUUACUACGGCGCUGGAUAUGGACAGCAAGCUGGUGGGAACCAACAGCAGGAAGUCAAUGCACAGGAACAGAGGACCAGCAGUGGAUUUGGUCCCGCAGGCGCAGACUCCGGUUUCCCCACCAGCCAAUCGCAACAGGUAGGCAAAGACCCUUCAAUUGAUUUCAAUACAUCUCGAACGCGACGUUCUGGGGCGCGCACCAGCCUUGGAUACUCUGGGUCCUCAGAGUAUCCAGCUAGUCCGUGGAACCGGCACGCGCGUUUGAAGAGCGAUGCCUCGGCUUUGUCGGGCUCGUUCAAACGAUUGGAAGAUCUAUUAUUGCCAUCUAGCUCUCAAUUAGUAGUACCUAACUUAGCAUCGCAGAACCAGAGCCGCUACGGUGACGCUCAGAACAGCGGUCACAACACUCCCGUUCCUGCAAUGGCUGCUCAGCACCAUCCCGCAGCUCAGUCUCAGCACAUGCACCAGCCCCAUGGUCAGACUGGUCACACCGGCUACCCAUACAGCCAGCACCCCUACUACAACACUCCGUACUAUAACGCGUACAUGAACCACUACGGCGGUGCUUAUGGCGGCCAGGGCUACGGUGCUCCCUUCGGUAAGGGCAUGUACGGCCAGCCCAACCACGGCUACGGUAUGUCUCCUCAGACUACCUACGAUGCUCACAGCUCCUCCCCCGCAAACGUGGGCGCGUUUGGCGCUUCCUCGAUGCACGCUCGUGACAGUGCUCUCGGCGGUGGACUCGGCGACUAUCGCGCCAGCUCGACCCAGCCCUCGCAGACUCAGCAACACACUGCUAGCAGUGGCGCAUUCGGCGGCAUGCCUGAUGUUUUCGGCCGCAAUCAGGGUGUCUUCCCCGGUCAGGCUCAGCCUUAUGGCCAGCAGCAGUCGGCCUCUCAAGCUGGUGCUGAGGAUGCACUCAAGCCUUUCGGUGACAAGGUGGGCUCCGGGCCGUCGCCGUCGUCGAUCGGACAGCCUGGCCGUCCCGGGUCUGCCACGAACUCGGUUGGUCAGGGUGCUCAGUCUGGUCUGCCGCCGCCUCAGUCGCAUCAGCAGGGCUUCGGCGCCUACCCCGGGUCUCAGUACGGACUGGGUGGGCUUGGGGGACACCAAGGCGGACAGGGCCACAGCGGUGGUUACGGUGGAUACGGCGCAGGGUUCGGAAGCUAUGGCAGCUACGGCCGCGGAGGCGGCUGGAGCGGCAACUAUGGUGGUCAUUAA